AUGGCCUCAUUUAUUUCCUAUUCACCUGAAUUCACUUCUCUUAUUGGUUAUAAACCCAAAAUAAAAUUAUUAGCUGCUGGACCCGUCUCUUCGCCAUUUGCCCAUGAAGGCGGGGCGUUUAUUCCGGCUACAAAUGAAAUUUGGUUCACAGCUAAUCAACUACCUAUUCAGAAUACUAAUGUAAGUAGUGUCAAUCUCGAAACGAAUCAAAUAGAAUUGCUCUCCAUUCAACCGCCAAUUCUAACGCCAAAUGGUCUUAAUUAUUUUGAUGAUUCAGUCUAUAUAUGUUCGCAAGGCAACCGAACAACAUCAGGUGCUAUCUAUGCUGUCAAUCCGACAACACUCGUCAGCCGACUAGUUGUUAAUUCAUGGUUCGGAUUACGGCUCAAUUCUCCGAAUGAUGUUACAUUCAGUACAAAGGUUGGCGGAAGAAAAUACAUGUGGUUUACUGAUCCACAAGUUGCUUAUCUGCAAGCUUUCGGAUCUUCACCACAAUUAGGUAGUUUUGUCUAUCGUUUUGAUUUGACUACAUCCGAAUUACAACCGGUCAUCACAGACCUUAUUAUACCUAAUGGAAUUGCUUUUGAUCCCAGUGAAACAACAUUGUAUGUGAGUGACACGGCACUUAAUCCAAAUGGGCAUGGUACUUACAUAGUUUAUGCUUACGAUCUCAACAAACAUGGAUUGCCGAUUAAUCGUCGUGUCUUUUCCGUUAGUUCAACAGGUAUUCCAGAUGGAAUUAAAGUGGACAAGGUCGGGCGAGUAUGGACAGGCGAAGGUGAUGGAAUCAAUGUACGAGAUCAUCAUGGAACAUUGUUAGGUGUGAUACUCGGCCGAGAUUUAUGUCAGAGUGGAGUUAUUAGUAAUUUUGCUAUAAUUAACAGUACAGUGAUUAUUCUGGCACAAGAAAAGCUGUGGCGUUUGGAAUUAUCAGUUAGUGUGCUGUAA